CUUUUGACACGAAUAAUAAGAGUCAUAAUCUCUAAGCUAUAUUUCUGUUCCAUCACUUUUGACACUUGUGUUUUAUUGCAUUCUAUGAAAAUCCAAACAACCUUCCUCCAUUCCACACUCCUUCAAAUGAAGAACAAGAAUAAGAAUAAGAAGAAGACCAAGAACCGCCACAAUUACUACUCCGACAUCGAAGAACAAUCCCACCCAACCAGGAGAAAAAAGCCACGUGCCACGCCAGGGCGGCUGUGGGUGAAGGACCGUUCCGGAGCGUGGUGGGACGAAUGCAACAGCCCCGAAUUCCCCGAACAAGAGUUCAGAAAAGCGUUCAGAAUGGGAAGAGCAACGUUCGAUUCGAUCUGCGACGAGCUCAAUUCGGUGAUCGCCAAAGAAGACACCACCUUGAGGAACGCGAUUCCGGUACGGCAGCGUGUGGCGGUUUGCCUGUGGAGGCUGGCCACCGGUGACCCUCUGAGAAUCGUUUCGAAAAGGUUCGGUUUGGGAAUCUCAACUUGCCAUAAGCUUGUUCUUGAGGUUUGCAGCGCCAUCAAAACGGUUCUUAUGCCAAAGUAUUUGCAGUGGCCCAAUGAGGAUUCUUUGAGUAAGCUGAAGAAUGAGUUUGAAUCUGUUUCAGGGAUUCCCAAUGUUGUGGGAUCUAUGUACACGUCACAUGUUCCCAUUAUUGCCCCAAAGAUCAGUGUUGCUGCUUAUUUCAACAAGAAGCACACUGAGAGGAACCAGAAGACUAGUUACUCUAUCACUGUUCAGGGUGUCGUUGAUCCCAAAGGGGUUUUCACUGAUGUUUGCAUUGGUUGGCCUGGUUCAAUGAAUGAUGAUCAGGUUUUGGAAAAGUCUGCACUUUUUCAGAGAGCUAAUAAUGGGGGUUUACCUAAGGGUGUUUGGAUUGUUGGAGGUUCAGGGUACCCUUUGAUGGAUUGGGUUUUGGUGCCUUAUAGUCAGCACAAUUUGACUUGGACACAGCAUGCUUUCAAUGACAAGAUUGGAGAGGUUCAGAAGAUUGCUAAGGAUGCUUUUGAGAGGUUGAAGAGUAGGUGGUGCUGCUUGCAGAAGAGGACUGAGGUCAAGCUUCAGGAUUUGCCUGUUGUUCUUGGGGCUUGUUGUGUUUUGCAUAAUAUUUGUGAGCUGAGGGAUGAGGAGAUGGAUCCUGAUCUCAAGUUUGAUCUUGUGGAUGAUGAAAUGGUGCCUCAGGUAGCUCUUAGAUCCAUGACUUCCAUGAAGGCAAGGGAUGCAAUUGCUCAUAAUCUUUUGCACCAUGGACUAGCAGGGACUUCUUUCUUCAAUUGAACAGUGAAAAACUGAAUAUUUGGGAAAGUAGUAUUCAACUAGUUCUUUUUCUUGUGUCUUUCUAUUUAUGGUGAUGAUGAUAGAAUUCUCCAUCAUUGUUUCAUGAUAAAGGCUUUGUAAAAGAUAUAGUUGCCCCCUCCAACAAAUAAAUAUAUUGUUGUAGUCUUCAUAGGUCUAAGGCUUUUUUAUUUAUAUACAAA